AUGAAUUAUGAUUUUACAUUGCAAACGUAGUUCAUGUAGAAAAAGAUUGUAAAGUAGCAAAUACCUCUUUUUUCUAUUGAGUAUGCAUGGUUUCAUUUAGUUUAUUGGUGGUAAAAUGUCCACGUCAGAGUCUGGUGUGGGAUGUAUUAGUGAAGUUACACUUGCAAUUAGUAAAGCAAGGGGUUCUCAGACAGGCAAUCUAAGAGUUCUUGAUAGUCCGGACUCUGAUGGAUCUGGCCAUUCAAAUUCAUUUACUGUACAACGUUUUAAUUAUCCUGACAAUGAUAAUGCAAAUUCAGAUAUUUUGCAUCCUCCAUUGACUAGUGAUGAUUUAAGAAUACCAAUUGUUGGAUAUGAAGUUAUGGAAGAGAGAGCUAGAUUUACGAUUUAUAAAUUACGAGUAGAAUUAAAAAAUGGAGAUUGUUGGUUUGUAUUUAGAAGAUAUACAGAUUUUGUUCGUUUAUUAUCACAGUUAAGAAGACAAAAAAUUCCAAUUUCACAAUUAAGUUUGCCAAGGAAAAAAUGGCUUGGUGAUAAUUUUGCUCCAAGCUUUCUGGAGGAAAGGAUACGUGGUCUUCAAGCAUUUGUUAAUGGAAUAUUAAGUAGUCCCCUUCUUAUAGGAACUGCUUGUGUUAGAGAAUUUUUUUGUUUAGAUGAACCACCUGCUUUGUCUGAUACUGCAGAAGAAUCUAGAGCAAUUUUUGAAGCAUUAGAAGAUACAAUAUAUCAUUUAAGGCAACAAUUAAGAGAAAGAGAUGCUGCACUUACAGCUGAAACAGCUUUGUGUAAUGAAUUUCGGAAGAAGCUACAUCAAAUACUGAGUGAAAGGCAAACCUGUCCAAAAUGUGGUGCGUCUCAAUAA